UUCCUUUCCUAGGGGGCGCACCCCCUUGCUGCCCGCUACCAUGGCGACGCUAUCACGCCUGUCGCGGCUCUGGGGCCUUCGACCCCGACCCCGGCUAGGAACCCCUCGCCCCGCCUCGGACUCGGCUACUCUACCCGGCGGCCGCAGCACGGGUCUGGGGCUGCUCUACCCAGGCCACAUCCCCACCAGCCCACUGCAGAAGAUGCUGCUGGCGGCCGGUGCCGCCUGCAUGGCGCUUUAUGACCCCUACCGCCACGACAUGGUUGCUGUUUUGGGUGAGACUACAGGACACCAAGCUCUGCAGGCACUGAGGGACCGGAUGAGGAGGGACCCCGAGGGUGCCCAAAUUCUGCAGGAACGGCCUCGGAUCCAGCUUUCCACCCUGGACUUGAACAAACUCCGGACACUUCCGAAGGGCUCCUUUGGCUGGGAGUAUGCCCACUUUCUUGAUGUUAAUAGGGUCUCCCCAGACACACGAGCCCCCACCCGCUUCGUGGACGAUGAGGAACUGGCUUAUGUGAUCCAGCGUUAUCGUGAGGUUCAUGACCUACUCCACACCCUUUUGGGAAUGCCCACCAACAUGCUUGGAGAAGUUGUGGUCAAGUGGUUUGAAGCUAUCCAGACAGGCCUACCCAUGUGUGUCCUAGGAGCUGCCUUUGGACCCAUCCGACUCAGUGCCAAAAAGUUGAAAGUGUUGGUGUCAGACCUGAUUCCCUGGGCAGUUCAGAAUGGUCAAAACUCCCGAUGCGUCCUCAACCUCUACUAUGAACAACGGUGGGAGCAGCCCCUAAGAGCCCUUCGGGAGGAGCUAGGCAUCACUCUACCCCCUACUGUGGACAGAGGCUUUACUCAAUCCUCAAAGCUCUGAGCCAACAAGUUCAUGCCAUCUCAACCUCUGUUCCAUUGGGUAAAGGGCUUCCUUGCCUAAACCUUUGCACUCUUUACCCAGGGACAUCUAACCUCAGAUAAGGAGAUGAAGGAGUUCAACAAAAUGAUCUUAAAAGGAUAUGUAUGUCUCUUUAUCUCCUAAAAGAGAUAUGAGAAUAAAAGUAAUUUCUUCAGUGGAACAAAAGCUAUCCACCAUGCCCACAUAAGUGGAAUUAAAAGGGCUAAGUACAGAGAAUUCUGUUGAUUUAGGAACCCAGGAAACCAUGGCUCCAUGAAUUGAUUUAAUUCUCCUGUCACUGUGCUUCCCCUUGAAAGAAUUCUUUCUCCUUCAUUAUACCUCUCCCAUUAUGUCACCUUUUUCUCUCCCUUUCCCUCCAAGUUCAGGAGUCUUUUUCAGAGUCUUGGCCAGGAUACCAGGGUAUCAACUUUUUGGAUCUAGAAGUGAUAUAAGAAGAGAUUUGUUCCAUAAUCUGAAUAAAGCCCUCUUUUGGACCCAUA